AUGCUUCUCUGGCUACUUCUUUUGGCAGUGGGGGCCACAUCGAUGGCUCUUGCUGGUCCCAAUGAGGCAUUGAAGUCAUGCUUCGAGAAUGCUUUGACAAACCGAGGAAGUUUUGCUUUUGCUGGAGAUCUGUUCUAUGACCACAUUGUGAAUCGCUACAACUUGAACAUUCCCGUUACUCCAGCAGCAGUGGCCUUUCCCACUUCUUCUCAGCAGGUGGCUGCAGUAGUCAAGUGUGCUUCGGAGAACGGAUAUCCAGUUCAGGCCAAAAGUGGAGGACACAGCUAUGGAAAUUACGGCCUUGGAGGAACGGACGGUGCCGUUGCGAUUGACUUGAAGCAUCUCCAACAAUUCUCCAUGGACAACACGACUUGGCAAGCGACAAUUGGAGCGGGAAGUUUGUUGAGUGACGUGACACAGCGGCUGUAUCACGCUGGCGGACGGGCUAUGUCUCACGGGAUUUGUCCUCAAGUCGGUUCAGGGGGACAUUUCACAAUUGGUGGUCUUGGUCCAACUUCGCGUCAAUUUGGUGCCGCACUUGACCAUGUACUCGAGGCUGAGGUGGUUCUUGCAAACUCGAGCAUUGUCAGAGCUUCUGAUACGGAAAACCAAGACCUCUUUUGGGCUAUCAAAGGUGCUGCCUCCGGCUACGGUAUCGUUACAGAGUUCAAGGUCCGAACCGAGCCUGAGCCUGGUACUGCGGUGCAGUAUGCAUACAGCAUGGAGAUUGGAAACUCCAAGAAUCAGGCAGCCCUUUUCAAGAGCUGGCAGGCCUUUGUGUCAGAUCCGAAGUUGACUCGCAAGAUGGCAUCCACCCUCACUGUGCUUGAGGGUAGUAUGGUAAUUAGCGGCACCUUCUUCGGCACCAAGGAGGAGUAUGAUAAGUUAAACCUUGGCAGCAAGUUCCCCGGUGCAAAUGGAAGUGCAUUGGUUUUUGAUAACUGGCUAGGUCUCGUCGCCCACUGGGCACAAGACCUUAUUCUGGGGUUGGCAGCUGGAAUCCCAACAAAUUUCUACACAAAGUCUACUUCUUGGACACCCCAGACUCUGAUGGCCCCGGAGACUAUCGUAAAAAUGUUUGACUAUAUUGGUACCGUCGACAAGGGCACUCUGGGCUGGUUCCUGUUGUUCGAUUUCCAGGGAGGUUACACCAACGACAUCCCAACUAACGCUACAUCUUACGCACAUCGUGAUGUGCUCAUCUGGCUACAGUCCUACACACUCAAUUUCAUGGGACACAUCUCCCAGUCCCAGAUCAACUUCCUCGAUGGGCUUAAUAAGAUUGUCACCGAUGUCGCCCUUCCCUACACUGCCUACCCAGGUUAUGUUGAUCCUCUUAUGCCCAACGCCGCCGAGGCAUACUGGGGCACCAAUCUCCCCCGGCUGCAGCAGAUCAAAGAGCAAGUUGAUCCAAACAACGUGUUUCGGAAUCCACAGAGCCCAUCUCCUGCCAAGAAGGAGCCUUUGUGA